AUGUCCUCAGAGCAAGGCCUGACUCCCCCGGGGCCCGCGUCCCCUCAGGACCUGCCCCUGGAGCAGCCCGUGAUCCUCAGCACCAACAGCCUGGCCGCGCUCAAGGUGGGCACGCAGCAGAUCAUUCCCAAGAGCUUGGCUUCGGAAAUAAAGGUGACGGGCAAAGGCAGCAGCCAGAAUGCGGAGACGAGCAAGAGGGUGCUGAAGGUCCGCAGCAUGGUGGAGAGCCUGAGCGUGCCCUUGGUGGCCGAUGCUGAGGAGGAGGCCGAGGGCGACCUGGAGAGCCCGGGGACCCUGAGGCGAGGCCUGAGGUCCACGUCCUACCGCAGGGCCGUGGUGAGCGGGGUGGACUUCGACAGCUCUGCUAACUUUAAGAAAAAGAACAGAAUGUCCCAGCCCAUACUUAAAGCGGUGGUUGAAGAUAAAGAGAAAUUUUCCAGCCUGGGGAGGAUAAAGAAGAAAGUGCUGAAAGGACAAGGGACAUUUGAUGGGGAAGAAAAUGCUGUAUUAUAUCAGAACUAUAAAGAAAAAGCUCUGGACAUAGAUUCUGAUGAAGAGUCUGAGCCUCGAGACCAGAAACUGGAUGAAAAGGUUGUUUUUCACUACAAGCCCCUGAGAUCAACAUGGAGUCAGCUGUCUGUUGUGAAGAAGAAUGGAUUAUCAGAAGCAAUCAGCCAGGAAGAAAGGAAAAGACAGGAGGCAAUAUUUGAAGUGAUAUCUUCUGAGCAUUCUUAUUUGCUGAGCUUGGAGAUUCUGAUCCGGAUGUUUAAAAAUUCCAGGGAACUGAGCCUUACAAUGACCAAAACGGAGAGCCAUCACCUCUUCUCCAAUAUCACAGAUGUUUAUGAAGCAAGCAAAAAGUUCUUUAAAGAACUUGAAGCCAGACAUCAGAACAACAUCUUUAUUGAUGACAUCAGUGACAUAGUUGAAAAGCAUGCUUCCUCCACCUUUGACCCCUAUGUCAAGUACUGCACCAAUGAAGUCUACCAGCAGCGAACACUGCAGAAACUGCUGGCCACAAAUCCAGCAUUUAAAGAGGUGUUAUCCCGGAUCGAGUCCCAUGCGGACUGCCGGAACCUACCCAUGUUCUCCUUCCUCAUCCUUCCCAUGCAGAGAGUCACUCGGCUGCCCUUGCUGAUGGAUACUAUUUGUCAGAAGACUCCUAAGGACUCACCAAAGUAUGAGAACUGCAAGCAAGCUCUGAAAGAAGUGAGCAAGCUGGUGCGUUUAUGCAACGAAGGUGCUCGGAAGAUGGAAAGGACAGAGAUGAUGUACACAAUCAACUCCCAGCUGGAAUUUAAAAUCAAGCCUUUUCCACUGGUCUCCUCUUCACGAUGGUUACUGAAAAGAGGUGAAUUAACAGCAUAUGUAGAAGACACGGGACUUUUUUCUAAAAGAACUUCUAAACAGCAGGUCUACUUCUUCCUCUUCAAUGAUGUCCUCAUUAUCACCAAGAAGAAGAGUGAGGAGAGUUACAAUGUCACAGAUUAUUCUUUGAGGGACCAGCUGGUGGUACAACAAUGUGACAGUGAGGACCUGACUUCAUCUCCUGUGAAGAACACCUCAGCUAUGCUGUACUCAAGGCAGAGCUCUGCAGCUCACCUCUUCAGGCUGGCAGCCCUCAGCAACCACGCAGGAGAGCGGGUGGAGAUGCUCCUGGGGACAGAGACUCAGAGUGACAGAGCUCGCUGGAUCACAGCGCUGGGACAGGACAGAGACGGGCAGAAAACAGACAGGACAACCUUGACUCAGGUAGAGAUCAUCAGAACUUACACAGCAAAGCAGUCAGAUGAAUUGUCUCUUCAAGUUGCUGAUGUUGUUUUGGUGUAUCAGAAAGUAAAUGAUGGCUGGUACGAAGGGGAGCGGCUGCGGGAUGGAGAGAGAGGCUGGUUCCCCAUGGAGUGUGCAAAGGAGAUCACAUGUCGUGCCACCAUUGACAAGAACAUGGAGCGGAUGGGACGCUUGCUGGGACUGGAGACCAACGUCUAG